AUGGCAGAUGUAUGGUUGGAACUCUUCACGCUUUAUUGGCAGCAUGGCUUUCACAAUUUACUGGUAGUGGAUGUUCGAGCUCAACUACUCAGUCUGGAACCAUUUCCACAACUGCGCGUGGUUAACACUACUUUAAAGACAUAUCUGUAUCAACGUAACAACAUGUGGCAUGAUUUGAAAAGUCACCGCCUACGCAUCUCUUAUAUGGAUGAUCCACCAAAUGCGCUCAUCUUUCGACACCCGGAAACCGGAGAGUGGCAGUUCGACGGCAUUUCGUCUCAGAUAUUUUCGGCAUUUGCGCAACGUCACAAUCUUACGAUCGAGCCUUGGAUUGCACAAAACUACAGCGACGCUAAUAAAGAUCUUAUUUGCAGGGAACGACUACACGAGCGCCUUGUGGAUGCUUGUAGUGAUGGGACAUCGUUCAGAGUAGAAAACGUAACGAGCGCGCCUAUAGCAUUACUUAACUUUUAUUUAGUAGUACGUUCCGCGCCACCACUCUCCAAGCUAUACUAUUUUCAAGUGCCCUUUCAACCGGCAGCUUGGCAAGCCAUCGGUGCCAGCAUCUGUUUGGUAAUAGUUGUUACAGCGCUCUUGACACGACUGCAGGACGGCGGCUGGCACUUCGGUCGACUGGGCUUGGAUGUGUGGGCUAGCUUUCUAUAUUUAGGGUUUGAUCUGUAUCCAAUGCAAACACGAUCGAUGCGAACGUUGAUGUUUUUAACGCUCUUCGUUGGCGGGUUCAUGCUCUGCAGUUUCUAUCUUGGCUAUCUGUCGAGCAUACUCGGCAAGAGUGUUUAUGAGCCGCAAAUAAGGACGCUGCAAGAUUUUGAACGCAGCAACAUAACUCUAAUGUUAAAUGAAAUUCAGUAUAUGACUUUAAAAAGGUAUGGCGCAGCCUCGAUUGUCAUCGAUCGUUCGCACAUUGCCCGCUGGGAAGAACUUCUAAAGAAUCGCAACACUUUCGACACUCGCUACGCUUACCUGUUCCCAGAUACAAGCUAUGAGUUACUUGCAUAUCAACAAAAAUUUUUGCAAUAUCCAAUCAUGCAGAAAUUGGACGAACCAAUACUCAAAGUACUGUUAGCACAUGCCUUCAAGGAGGGUUGGCCACUUGAGGAGCUAUUCAACAAACAUUCUCUAGAUAUGUUCGACACCGGCAUGUAUCUACGGCACCUUGCAGAAGGGAACUAUAAAUCCAUGCGUUUGGGUCAUGUGAAUUAUGCAAAAAUAGAACGUCCCAGUGUCGCACCUUUGGGGCUGGAAUAUAUUGCUAUGCCAGCGCUGAUUUUGGGAUUUGGUUGUACUUUGGGCUUUAUUACGCUGAAUUACUGUUUUAUAGAUGAAGCAGAUUCGAGUAAAUAG